AUGUCGAGUGAUAAACCUGAACAAGAAAUCCUAGAUCCAAAGGAUUCAAAAAACGCUUCAUUGAAUCUGACAACGAAAAAGUCUCAAGAUAGCAAGCUUAUGUUACCACCUUUAGGUGUCAAGUCUGAGCAACAACAACCACAGCAACAGCAACAAACCCCACUUUAUGGUCAACAGGGGUCCCCGCAAGUUCAAACUCAACCGCAGUUUCAAGCAGACUAUUCGUAUGCCAAUUACCAACCUCAAGCUCAAUUUUACGACCCAUAUCAAAGACAAGUAAUUAUGCAACAAGCCAAUUUUGCUUCACCAUCGCAAUAUCCAAUUCAGCAGCCAUAUUCAUUUGCCAAUGGUAUGACCAACAUGGCCCAAUUCCACCCACAGACGUUGACAUCGCAUUCCGACUUUGAUCAACAACAAAUGCAGCAAUCAACCCAGCCAUCGCAGCAAGUACAAGUACAGGUGCAGAUACAACCACAAUCAAAUCUGAACCUGUUCCCUGCUGAGCAGAAACGUGGAAGAAGGUUUAGAAGGAGAUUCAAUCAAAUUGAGAGAAAAUAUCCUUGUUCGUUUCCUGGAUGUCAAAAGAGUUAUGGUUCUUUGAAUCAUUUAAACACCCAUAUUGUAACCAAAAAGCAUGGUCACAGAAAAUCAAAAGCUGAUUUCCAACAUUCUCUUCAAUCAAAAGAAGAAAACAAACCAUCAGAAAUUUCACAAUACGUUCAGCCUAGUAAUGAUUACACUGCUGGAAACUAUUGGUAUGGGUACGCUCCUCAUUUGCGAUCAACCACUUCGACAACAUCCUCGCAAAGUGAUUCGUUCAAUUCGCAGCAAAUACCGCAGCAGCCACAACAACAACAGCAGCAGCAGCCACAGCAACAAAACAAUAGCAACAAUUAUUUGUACUAUCAAGGUUUCCAGCAACCCAUUACUAAUGCUACGACUGUUAGUGGGGCAACGCCAGCUACUUCUACACUUACGCCCGCUGGAACUGCGUCUGCAUCUCUUCUGCACCAACCUCAAAUUCAGAAUCCCGCAUCUGCCUCUACAGUGCCUCAGCAAAGAAUGGUAAUGGGCAAUAUGGGCUAUUAUCAGCAACAAGGGGCUCCUCAAUAUUUUCCUGCACCUCAACAGUCUCUCUUAGGAAUCAAUGACGUUGAUUCAAGAAACCAAAUUGACGAUAACAAACCAACCCAACCAGGCAUUUAA